AUGCUAUAUGUUUAGGAAAGCAGUGGUUACAGGAAAUCUGUACGAAAUAGUUUAUCUUCCAGUCGAAAUCAAUCAAAAAAGAAAAAAGCUAGUUAAUAAUGUGAAGAUAUUUUACUUAAUAUCAAUUCAAUGAUGAAUAGAUUAGAUUACUUGCAGUAGGCAAUUGAAAAUAGAAAUCAAGAGACUAGAGCCUAGAUAAAGAAAUACAUACCUCCAAAUUAUUACAUCUAAGAAGCUUACUUUACAGAAGAUAAAGAAAAUAAUUAUGAAAAGCUGAAUUGUUAUCAUUUAAUGAAGAAAUUUGAAACAGAAAAAAAUCAUCCUAGAUCUGAGUUUUCUCGAAGAAGGUCAUUUGCUAAUUGA